GUGAGCGUGACGUUUGUAAUGUAUUGCAAACACAUUGCAAAUUGCAAACCAGCUUAUUUUCUUCAUUUUCUAAAUAAACUUACUAAUUUCUAGAGUUUGUUUAGCUACGUUAGGAAUAUAAAAGUGAAUUUCACCGUUUAAGAUGUCAGAUGGUCAAUUUAGCGAUUAUGAAGAAGAUAUAUCGAAGAAGGUUAAGACGGUCCGGUUUGCAGAGACCCCAGAAAUAAAACAACUAAGCAGUGAGGAAGAGGAACUCAACUCGGACGACUAUUUCUAUGAUUCAGAUGAACAUACCGGAAACUCAAGGAAAGAAAAUGUCAACGCCCAAAAUCCAACAACAAAAGUGACCUCAUACCAGCCUACAGAGAAACUGUUCAAAAGGUACAUAAAUAAAAUAAAUGUGGAUAAAUAUGAACCCGCUAUAAAUGAAAGGGCACAGAAGUUCAUGGAUCUAAAUGAUCGAAAGUUUGAUAACGAGAGGAUAAGAAUAAAAGACAAACAUGACAGAGCUACUGCUGAACAGGUGAUGGAUCCUCGCACUAAAAUGAUUCUAUUCAAACUUUUAAACAGAGGAAUUAUCAAUGAAAUAAAUGGAUGCAUUUCCACGGGCAAAGAAGCCAACGUAUACCAUGCGACUUCCAAAGAGGGAAGAGAUUAUGCCAUCAAAAUCUUCAAAACGUCAAUCUUGGUGUUUAAAGACAGAGAUAAAUAUGUUUCCGGUGAAUACAGGUUCAGGAACGGCUACUGUCGGUCAAACCCACGUAAAAUGGUUAGAACAUGGGCUGAAAAGGAGAUGAGAAACCUUGUAAGGCUAUUCAACGCCCAGUUGAAUGUUCCAGAACCUAUAAUUUUACGCAGUCAUGUUUUAGUAAUGACUUUUAUGGGAGAAAAUGGCUGGCCGUCUCCCAAGUUAAAGGAUGUUGAGAUAUCGCAGUCCACAGCUAGAUCAUUGUAUAGAGACUGUAUCACUAUGAUGUGGAAAAUGUUCAAUAUAUGCAAGCUAGUGCAUGCAGAUUUGUCAGAGUUUAACCUGUUGUAUCAUGAAGGAAACGUUGUUGUGAUAGACGUAUCACAGUCUGUUGAGCAUGAUCAUCCACAUGCUUUUGAAUUUUUGAGAAAGGAUUGUACGAAUAUCAGUGAUUUCUUCAGAAAGAAAGGUGUAGCUACUUUAACUGUUAAGGAGCUGUUUGAUUUUAUUACUGACACAUCAAUAAAUGAAAGUAAUCUUGAAGAGUGCUUGGAGAAACUUUCGGAGAAGGCGGCGGCUAGAAAUUUUGAAGAGUUGACAGCUCAGGAGCAAAUUGAAGAAGAGGCCUUUAAGAAUAUUUAUAUUCCAAAAAGACUUACUGAGGUAAUCAACUAUGAACGUGAUAUAAACAAAGCAAAGAAGGGGGAGACAGCAGACUUGGCAUAUAAGAAGAUUGCAGGUUUCAACGAAGACCUGACAGGCACCGUGGACCGACCCGACAUUCUACAGGAUGAUGCAAUAUCUGACAGCGGCUCAGAGAAAAGUAGUGAUGAAGAGGGAGAUGAAAACCAAACAAAAUUCAAACCCAGUGCAAGGCCUCGUGACGAAUCGCCUGAGAGUAAAAAAGCGAGAAAAAAAGCAGUCAAAGAAGACAAAGCUGAGAAGAGGAAAUCUAAAACAAAGAAACAUGUAAAAAAGAGACGGGACAAAGGUUGCGGUAAGAAAUAAUACAGGUUUACAGAUAUUAUAAAAAAAUGUUGUAAGUAAUAUUAUAUACAGUGUAUACCGAU